CCUUUCUCAUUUGUCUGCACUCUGAAAUGGAGAACUGGAUCGGUUUGCUUAAAAUUCAUGUCCAGAAAGGGGUGAACCUUGCAGUCAGGGAUGUCAUAAAGAGAAGCAGUGACCCUUAUGUUAUUUUCCAUAUGGGCAACCAGAGGGUGAAGACCAGUGUAGUGAGGAGGAGCAUCAAUCCAGUGUGGAACGAAGAGCUGACUCUUUCUAUUACAGAUCCAAGUGUUCCGAUCAAGCUUUUUGUGUACGACAAAGAUACAUUUAGCCCAGAUGAUAAAAUGGGGGAUGCUGAGUUUGAGAUUGGUCCAUUUGUUGAGGCCUUAAAGCAGCGCCGGUCGGAAGGCCUUGAAAAUGGACACAUUUUCAAGACAGUGAAAGCCGACAGGCAGAAUUGUCUGGCCGAAGAGAGUCACAUUAUCUGGAAGGACAACAGAGUUGUUCAGAAUAUGGUUCUUAGACUGAGAAAUGUGGAGCGUGGAGAGGUGGAGCUCCAGUUGCAGUGGAGACACAUUUCUGGUUCUCGGGGUUUUUAGAUUAUAUCUGCUCUAAACGACUGUCGUAAUAGGUAUUUGUAUUAUGUUUUAGGAUGGGACAAUGAUAUUGCUCAUACUAAUGACAUUGUAUGAGCUACUAGGAACUCUCUUAAUUUCAGCUCAUUUUUGUAUUUUAAAACCAUGGGAGCGGCAAAAGAUUAUGAGGAGCACUCCUUACUAUGA